GGCGGGGCGUCGGGCCGGAAGCCAGGCUGGGCCACGUCUUCAGGGUCUGAGUGAGCUGGUUUGGUGCGCACUGCGCGGUGGCUGUUUGGAUGUGGAGGUCGCGUUCCUGCUCCGGAACUAGACAUGGAUCUGGAGGCUGUUUCUAAGCGCUCAGCAUUCCAUGCCAAGCCCCAGGGGCUCAUUCUCCAGUAUGGGACUGCUGGGUUUCGGACAAAUGCCCAACAUCUCGAUCAUAUCAUGUUUCGAAUGGGAUUGCUAGCUGUCCUGAGGUCAAAGCAGACAAGAUCCACCAUUGGAGUCAUGGUUACAGCCUCACACAAUCCCGAGGAAGACAAUGGUGUGAAGCUGAUUGAUCCUUUGGGGGAAAUGUUGGCCCCUUCCUGGGAGGAGCACGCCACCUGUCUAGCCAGUGCUGAGGAGCAGGAUAUGCCUGGAGUGCUCACUGCCAUCAUGGAGAAAGAGGCCGUGGAUCCACAGCAGGCAGCCUUUGUGGUGAUUGGUAGAGACACCAGGCCCAGUAGUGAGAAACUUUCACAGUCUGUAAUAGAUGGUGUGACUGUUUUAGGAGGUCAAUUUCAUGAUUAUGGCCUGUUGACCACACCUCAGCUGCACUACAUGGUGUAUUGUCGGAAUUCUGGGGGCCGGUACGGAAAGGCAACCAUAGAAGGCUACUGCCAGAAACUCUCCAAGGCUUUUGUAGAACUUACCAAACAGGCUUCCUGCAGUGGAGAUGAAAACAGAUCAGUUAAAGUCGACUGUGCAAAUGGCAUAGGAGCCUUGAAGCUGAAGGAAAUGAAACACUAUUUCUCCCAGGGACUGUCGGUUCAACUGUUUAAUGAUGGCACUGACGGGAGGCUCAAUCACCUGUGCGGUGCUGACUUUGUGAAAAGUCAUCAGAAACCCCCACAGGGGAUAGAAAUGAAGUCUGACGAAAGAUGCUGCUCCUUUGAUGGGGAUGCAGACAGGAUUGUGUAUUACUACAGUGAUGCAGACGGUCACUUUCAUCUCAUAGAUGGAGAUAAGAUAGCCACAUUAAUUAGCAGUUUCCUUAAAGAGCUCCUGUUGGAGAUUGGAGAAAGUCUGAAUAUUGGUGUCGUACAGACUGCAUAUGCUAAUGGAAGUUCCACAAGAUACCUUGAAGACGUUAUGAAGGUACCUGUUUAUUGCACCAAAACUGGUGUCAAACAUUUGCAUCACAAGGCUCAAGAGUUUGACAUUGGAGUUUAUUUUGAAGCAAAUGGGCAUGGCACAGCACUAUUCAGUGAAGCAGUUGAAGUGAAGAUAAAAAGACUAGCACAAGAACUAGAAGACGAGAAAGGAAAAGCUGCCAAGAUGCUUGCAAGCAUCAUUGACUUGUUCAACCAGGCGGCUGGAGAUGCUAUUUCUGAUAUGCUGGUGAUUGAGGCCAUCCUGGCUCUGAAGGGACUGACUGUGCAGCAGUGGGAUGCUAUUUAUGUUGAUCUUCCUAACAGACAACUCAAAGUUAAGGUUGCAGACAGGAGAGUUAUUAGCACCACUGAUGCUGAAAGACAAGCACUCACUCCACCAGGACUCCAAGAAGCAAUCAAUGACCUGGUGAAGAAGUAUAAGCUUGCCCGAGCUUUUGUCCGACCCUCUGGUACUGAAGACAUUGUCCGAGUAUAUGCAGAAGCAGACUCACAAGAAAGUGCAGAUAGGCUUGCAUAUGAAGUGAGUUUGGUGGUGUUUCAGCUGGCUGGAGGCAUUGGAGAAAAGCCACCACCAUCUUUCUGAAGAUAACUUUGAUAUUCUUGAAAAAUGGAUUUCUAAAAUGUUUUUUAUAAAACUAUUGACAAUACUGGCAGAACUAAGGUAUUUGUAAUCAUAACAUUACAAAUGCACUCUAAUGGAUUUAGAUCUGUAUUUUUAAAACACUACCAGAAAAAACUGUUUAGAAGCUGGUAAAUCUUAGACUUGGUAAUGAUGCUCGCCUCUGAUUUUAAUCUGUGUUAAGUUUUAAUGGUUUGAGUGUAAUUAAUUUUACAGUGUAUGCAGGGUGUUGGGAAAUUAAAUUUUAUUACUAACUUCUUGCAA